GUCCACAACCCGAGGAUGCAGAGGACUCACUGGAUCAAACAAACACCGCUGACCCGGCUGCUGGUCAGGAGCGACCUGCAGAAGUCAGAAGACUAAAAUGCAGCUUCUCAAAAAUGACUCCGCUCUGUCGAAGGCUUCUGGCUCUGGCUGUUAUGCUACAGAUCCUGGCUAUUGGAAUCAUCAUAAACCUGGUGCUGACAUGACAGUGAGCCACCGAAGUUAGGGUGCUGCUUCUUUUUACCACCAGUGCUGAAUAAUAAUGUUGGCGCUGCGGGACAAAGCAGGACAGGGGACGGGCACAUGUUGAGAUGAGCAGGAGAAGAUGGCAGAAGGAGAAAAUGGUGCAUAAUCAGUAAACAUAUCCUCUGCACUUUGCAAUUUCGAGAUGUUCCUUUGAUUAUUGCAGUGUGCAAUCGUGUUACCACGUACUGUCAGCGAGCUAACGAACGGGAGUAAAACAAUAAACAGAAUCUUUAUGGUUAUUCAUUUGUGACCAGUUCAGUGAAGUAAACUGUGUCAGGUGAAUACGUUGCAUUGAUUCAGCUCAUGGACUGAAGCAAGUGAAACAAAUACAAAGAAGUUCUCAUGAGCCGGAGUAUUUUUUUCCACAAAGACCAAACCUGACACGUUUCGCAAGCAGGUUCAGACCCAAAUGCAGGCAAGUUGGCAGGCAAAUUCAAAAUAAAAGUAUUUAUUAAAUACAUAAGCUGAUGGGGUGGCAAAACAAAAACUUACAUAGAACUGGAGAACACGGGGAAAAGCCAGGGCGGAAAACCAAACAAUGAUCGGACGAAGGUGGAGAGAAAAUGAGCAGGAUUUAUCCAAACAGGGAUGAGUGGAAGUUAGAAACAGCUGGAUGAUUAAAGUGUGACAACAGGUGUGAGAGAACUGACUGGAAGAGACUGAAUAAUCUGACGACUGAGAUGACAAGGUAUGAAAAAAACACUAGAGGGAGACACAAGAAAAGAAAGCACACACAAGACACAGAUCCUUACAGUACCCCUCCUCUAGGAAUCAUCUCCUGACGAUAACAGAAGAACAUAAGCAUGGGAGGGAGGAAGGGGAGUACAAAAACAAACCACAGGAUGGAGGGCACGAGACAACCACAAGCAGACAAGACCAAAGAGAAAGAGAAAAACAACAAAAUCAAAGAACAAAAAACCAACAGGAAUCCUGGGAAAGAUCAAGAAAAACAAAACCAAUAAAUGUCGUAAGAUGGUCCUAGGUACAGAAGCAAGACCUCAAGAGGGCAGCCCAGAGCUCGGCUGCAGAAGAGCUGAAACUCAGGAGGGCGACUGUGGGCCCGGCUGCAGCUGAGGCGGAGCUCAGGAGGAUGACCAGGACGAGGAGGAAGGAUCUCAAGAGGUGCUAUCAACAGAGGGGACGAGGAGACGAAGGGCGAUGACCCAGGCAAAUAGGAAGCAACGGCAGCCGACCCAGACGUUGUGAAAGCACCGGCAACCGACCCACGAACCUUUGGGACCUCCGACUUGGGACUCACCAACUCAGGAGGGACUGGAACCGUCAACUCAGGAACCUCGGACUCAGUGGACUCAGGAACCUCGGACUCAGGAGAAGACUCAGGAUACUCGGGCUCAGGAGGAGUCAGAAAUCAUAGUUGGUCCAGUUGUUUCAGAGCUUCAGCUUUCAUUCACGUGCUCAACACUUGAAGUAAUGUUUAUAAAUACAGAAAUACAAA